ACUUGGUGUAUUCUCCACGUUGAACAGACACGGAAAACGUUGCACCCUUUUAACAAAUGGUUGUCUAACUAAAUCUGCACACGCCACUACAACAAAACAAUGGAAGGAAGUCAGCAAAAAGUGGAGGCUAAUUUCUUACUACUUGGAGCUGAAAGCGUCGGUAAAUCUGCUCUCACGGUGCGGUUUCUCACUCGAAGGUUUAUUGGCGAAUACGGGGAUAUUGAAUCUAUCUACAGUCAUACUGACAGAAUAGAUGGACGGGAUAUCUGCUUUAAUAUCUGGGACUCACUUUGCCCUCAGAAUGAUGAGGGCGCGGGACACAUCAGCGACAGACAACUCCAGUGGGCGGACGGUUUCAUCCUGGUUUACAGCAUAUGUGACCGUGCCAGCUUCAACGUGGUGCGGCAACAGGUGAAGCGCAUCCGGCAAGCCAAAAGCAAAUUCCCCGGCUCACCUCCCAUCGUCAUCGUAGGGAAUAAACGCGACCUCCAGCAUCGCCGCACCGUCUCCAGCGAGGAAGGUCGCCUCCUCACUCUUUCCACAAACUGUGGCUUUUUCGAGAUCUCUGCAGCGGAGACAUACCACGGGGUACAGCUGGUAUUUCACGAACUGCUCGACCUUAUCCGAGAGGCGAGGGCGCUCAAGAAGGGGGCAGCUGGGAUCAAAGGUAUCGUGAGAAGCAUGUCCGCCGUUUUCGGGAGGAAGAGAACUGAGUAGUUCCAAUAGCCUAAUAUGAGAGACACUGAGAUGAUAGUUCUGCAUCUAAACGGUCCGGGACUUGUCCGUGCGUGAAGUGGAUCGUUACGUUUCCAUAUUGGAAUAGGUCAGUGCGGCCUAACUGAAUUCACGCUGCUUGGAUUCUUACUCAAAUGAGAAGAUUGACAAUCAAAUCCUGUCGAACGGGCCUUUGGACAGUCUACUUACCGCAAAAUAAAUACUCUUGAGUGUCUGAGGUCAGCUGGACUAAAGUAGCAUUACAUGCCCUUAAAUGUCCAAUAUAUUAGAUUGACGUCCAAUGAAUUGCCAACUGUAAAGCGAAGGGUAUCGUGUUUAAAUGCCUGGAAGAAGUAUUGUGGAAAACCUAUGCGCAAUAGACAAUUUCUUUCUCUUUACUAAACUGUAUCAGUAUGCAGAACGUUCUAAGGGUCAGGCCAGCUUGGCCUUGUCAUUGGCACAAUCCUUUUUUGGACUGUUGACAAUCUAUGCAAGAAACAUGAGAAUGUGUAGCUGUUUCACUCAUUAUAAUGGUCUGAUCAUUAAACUUGCUGCCUCAGUUA